AGAGUGAUACCUCUUCCUUAACCACUAGUCUCUAAAGCAGGAGCGCGUCGGGUCGGGCGGCUGCCACGUCAAUGGUACCGUCAUCACUAUCAACAUAAAACAUGGCGACGUCUGUCCGAGAAAAGCAAACAGUGGCCUUAAAGCGCAUGUUGAACUUCAACACUCCUCCUCUGAAGAACACAGCAGCUGAGCCCGUAUGGAAGGUGUUAAUAUACGACCGAUUUGGUCAAGAUAUCAUCUCCCCAUUGCUGUCGGUCAAAGAGCUGCGGGACAUGGGCAUCACUCUUCACCUGCUCCUUCACUCAGACAGAGACCCCAUUCCCGAUGUUCCAGCCAUCUACUUCCUAAUGCCUACGGAGGAGAACAUCGACAGGAUCUGUCAGGAUCUGAGGAGCCAGCUAUACGAGUCGUACUACCUGAACUUUAUCUCUGCCAUCAGUCGGAGUAAACUGGAGGACAUUGCCAGUGCCGCUCUAGUUGCUAAUGCAGUCACCCAAGUCACCAAGGUGUUUGAUCAAUACCUGAACUUCAUUACCCUGGAAGAUGACAUGUUCAUCCUCUGCCACCAAAACAAAGAGCUCAUCUCCUACCACGCCAUCAACAGAGCAGACAUCCAAGACACAGAUAUGGAGGCCAUAAUGGACACCAUCGUAGACAGUCUCUUUUGUUUCUUUGUGACUCUAGGUGCAGUGCCAAUCAUCCGAUGCCCCAGGGGAAAUGCUGCAGAGAUGGUGGCCGUGAAGCUGGAUAAAAAGCUCCGGGAGAACCUGCGUGAUGCCAGAAAUAGUCUUUUUACUGGGGACAGUAUGGCUGCUGGACAGUUCAGCUUCCAGAGACCCCUCCUGGUUCUGGCAGACCGUAACAUGGAUAUGGCCACGCCCCUUCACCACACCUGGACCUAUCAGGCGCUGAUCCAUGAUGUCCUGGACUUCCAUUUGAACAGGGUGUUGAUGGAGGAGGGUGGGGGAACAGAUUCAUCACACACAGGUGCCAGACCAAAGAAAAAGAUCAAGAAGAUGUAUGACCUCACUGCUGCGGAUAAGUUCUGGCAGAAGCACAAGGGCAGUCCAUUCCCAGAGGUGGCAGAGUCGGUUCAGGAAGAGCUUGAUACAUACAGAACCCAGGAGGAUGAGGUUAAACGCCUGAAGAGCAUUAUGGGGUUGGAUGGGGAGGAUGAAGGAGCGAUCAGCAUGCUGUCUGACAACACAGCCAAGCUCACCUCUGCUGUCAGCUCUCUUCCUGAGCUCCUGGAGAAGAAAAGACUGAUUGAUCUACAUACAAAUGUUGCUACUGCAGUCCUUGACCACAUUAAGAGUCGUAAACUGGAUGUUUAUUUUGAGUAUGAAGAGAAGCUGAUGAGCAAAUCAACUAUAGACAAAUCACUGCUGGACAUCAUCAGUGACCCAGAUGCUGGGACUCCAGAAGAUAAAAUGAGACUCUUCCUCAUCUUCUACAUCACUGCUCAGCAGGUUCCUUCAGAGUCUGAUUUGGAGCAGUAUAGGAAGGCUUUGUUGGACGCAGGCUGUGACCUUUCACCCCUAAACUACAUUAAACAGUGGAAGGCAUUUACCAAAAUGGCUUCUACCCCUGCUAACUACGGCAACAGUGGAGUCAAACCAAUGGGACUCUUCUCCAGAGUCAUGAACACUGGCUCUCAGUUUGUCAUGGAGGGUGUGAAGAACCUAGUGCUCAAACAGCAUAACCUUCCAGUUACCCGAAUUCUGGACAACCUGAUGGAAAUGAAGUCCCAUCCUGAAACUGAUGAUUAUCGUUACUUUGACCCAAAAAUGCUGCGAGGAAGUGAGAGCUCCAUUCCCAGGAACAAAAAUCCGUUUCAGGAGGCCAUCGUCUUCGUGGUUGGAGGAGGAAACUACAUUGAGUACCAGAACCUGGUGGACUAUGCUAAGUCGAAACCUGGGAGGAAGGUGGUUUACGGCUGCAGCGAGCUCUUCAACGCAGCCCAGUUCAUGAAACAGCUCGCUCAACUCGGACAAAAGUGACCUGUGCACCAA